AUACAAGUGUAACGUUAUUUGGCCACCUUGGAUCAGUUCUGGUUUAACGUCUUCGGAAGAACGUCCGUUUAGAAUUAGUGAAUAGUGCAGUGAAAAUCCAGUUUACGUUCAAUUGAAAUCCUCACUCUCUGUUAAGUGAAAUAUAAUAUUUUAACAUGAUUCCUACAAUACCUCACGAGUAUAAUGAAGAAGAACUGAAAAAAAUUGCCCAGCUGCGAUCAUUAUUAGAAACCUGUAAAGAAUUAGAUGUUGGAACAGAGGAUGUGCUGCUCACAAAAUUUCUAGAGGGAUCUGAUUGGGAUGUGGAAGUCGCUUAUAAGAAAAUACACAGCUAUUAUGAUUUCAAAAACAAACAUCCGGAAUGGGUUGCAAAACGGUUACCACGUGAUUUAAAGCCAAUUAUGGAUCUAAAAACAAAGUUUCUCUUGCCAUUCCCCGAUAAAAAUGGUCGAACAAUUUACGUGCACCGUCUAGUGGAUGCAUUCGACAAAUUUCCAAAUUACUUCUAUGACUUAGUGGAAUUCGAUGAUAUGAUAUUUGAAGUGGCUUUGGCGAUGCCAAGCACGCAAAAAAAUGGAGUAACUGUGAUAUUAGAUAUGAAAGGAUUGACGAAAUCAUUUAUAAAAAGUAUGAAUCCGAAAACAAUCAAAAUAGCCAACAAGAAAAAUGAUGUGCUUCCAUUCAAGGAAACACAUUUCCACGUGGUUAACACCUCUUUUAUGAUGAGUACGGCGCUGUCGCUUGUUAUGCCAUUCUUAGGAAAAAAAAUUAAAGAUAAGAUGUACUUCCACGGAAACAAUUUGCAUAAAUUGCGUGAACACAUUGGCUACGAAAAUCUUCCUGCCGAAUACGGAGGACCUGAAGAAAACAUCCUGGAUUAUGAUAAGAUUUAUGAGAAUUUAUGCCAACAUGAACCCUAUCUGGAACGUCUACAACAAUACAAAAAAAUCUGCAAAUAAAUUUCUUCACUAUUUAUAUAUGGGAUAUCACUAGUUACUUUUAUAUUUAAUCGUAUCGAAUUGAGAAUAAUCUUUAUAUUGGAAGUUUAUUGUAAAGUGAUUGGAAAGCAAAAUUUUCAUUUAAAAACAAAAAAAAAAAA